AUGUCGGCCGUGCUUUUCCUGAGCAAGUCGCUGAGCAGACUGCCGCCCCGGGUCGCUCGGCAGGUUGUCGGCUGCUGCUACCACACCGAGAGAGGUGUCUACGGAUACCGACCCAAAAACACCGAGAGCCAGCACAAGUUGCAGAGCGACCGCAUCGCGGCACUAAAUCAAGAUCAUGGUCUUGCCCGUCUGGUGGAGGCUUACAGAGCACAUGGACACAAGGCUGCUAAAAUUAACCCUUUGCUACCCCACAAGCCCGUUGCUGACAGCGUCCCGGAGAUAGACGUGCUGAGGGGCACCCUCACAGGACAGCUCAACACCUCAGGUCUACGACAUUUCGGCAAAGCAGAGGCUUCAGUGGAAGAGGUUCAGGCCUACCUGGAAGAAGCCUACUGUGGCCGCCUGUCGGUGGAGACCAACCAGCUGAGCAGUGUAGAGGAGAGGGAGUGGUUCGCUGACCGUUUUGAGGAACUCAAGAAGCAGAGUUUCUCCGCUGAGGAGAGGAGGCAGCUGGCCAAGGUUAUGCUUGAAUCUCAGGAAUUUGACCACUUUCUGGCCACCAAGUUUGCUACUGUGAAACGUUACGGAGGAGAAGGAGCAGAGAGCAUGAUGGGCUUCUUCUACGAGCUCUUCUACCAGUUUGCCCACAGCGGAGUCACUGACAUUGUCAUCGGCAUGCCGCACAGAGGCCGACUCAACCUCCUGACGGGCCUACUGAAGUUCCCACCAGAGCUCAUGUUCCGUAAGAUGCGUGGCCUCAGCGAGUUCCCCGACACCUCGCCUGCUAUUGGUGACGUCCUCUCUCACCUCACCUCCUCAGUGGAACUGGAUUUUGGAGCCGAACACCCUCUUCAUGUGACCAUGCUGCCCAACCCGUCUCACCUGGAAGCGAUCAACCCCGUGGCUCAGGGCAAAACGAGAGCCAGGCAGCAGCUCAAGAAGGAAGGAGACUACUCACCUGAAGACAACGCCCAGCCGGGGGACCGAGUCGUCUGUCUGCAGGUCCAUGGUGAUGGCUCUUUCACUGGCCAAGGGAUUGUGCCAGAAACUUUGACCCUUUCAAACCUCCCUCACUACAGAGUUGGUGGGAGCAUCCACCUCAUUGUGAACAACCAAGUGGGUUACACCACCCCGUCCGAGAGGGCGAGAUCCUCCCUCUACUGUAGUGAUGUCGGUAAGAUGGUGAACUGUGCUGUGAUCCAUGUAAAUGGAGAUGAUGCAGAGGAGGUGCUGCGGGCCACUCGGCUGGUUGUGGAGUACCAGCGGCUUUUCAGGAAAGACAUCAUCCUGGACUUGAUUUGCUACCGUCAGUGGGGCCACAACGAGCUGGACGAGCCUUUCUUCACCAACCCCGCCAUGUACAAGAUCAUCCGAUCCCGUAAGAGCGUCCCUGACUCUUACUCAGACCAGCUGAUCUCUGAGGGUCUGAUGACCGAUGUCGAGCGUGACGAGAUCAAGUCCAAAUACUACGGCAUGCUCAACGACAAGCUGUCCAACAUGACCCUGUACAGCCCUCCACCCACCAACCUGCAGGGCCGCUGGGGGGAUCUGGUGGAACCCCAGGCCAAAGUCACCACCUGGGACACGGGUGUCCCUGUUCCCUUGCUGCAGUUUGUAGGCGCAAAAUCUGUGGACAUCCCUGAGCAAAUCCAGCUGCACAGCCACCUUGGGAGGACCCAUGUACAGGCUCGGUUGAACAAGUUGGAAGACGGGACCAAACUGGACUGGUCCACAGCAGAGGCCUUGGCUUUCGGCUCUAUGCUCUCCCAAGGCUUUAAUAUUCGAAUCAGCGGACAGGAUGUUGGAAGAGGCACGUUCAGUCAGCGACACGCCAUGGUUGUUUGUCAAGACACUAAUGACAUGUACAUCCCUCUAAACCACAUCAGCCCUCAGCAGACCGCUUUCUUGGAGGUGUGUAACAGCCCGCUGUCAGAGGAAGCGGUGCUUGGAUUUGAAUAUGGUAUGAGUAUCGCACAGCCGAAGCUCCUUCCUAUCUGGGAGGCUCAGUUUGGAGAUUUCUUCAACGGUGCGCAGAUCAUCUUCGAUACGUUCAUCUCUGGAGGUGAAGCCAAAUGGCUGUUACAGAAUGGGAUGGUGAUCCUGCUGCCUCACGGCUACGAUGGAGCCGGACCUGAACACUCAUCCUGCCAUAUGGAGCGCUUCCUCCAGAUGUGUGACAGUAAAGAGGAGGGUGUGGACGGAGACACUGUGAACAUGGCCGUGGUCAAUCCCACCACUCCUGCUCAGUACUUCCAUCUGCUGAGGAGACAGAUGAUCCGUAAUUUCCGCAAACCCCUCAUUGUGGUUGGACCCAAGACACUGCUCAGGUUUUCUGGGGCAGUUUCCAGUCUGGCUGAGCUGGCACCAGGAACGUCUUUCAGACCAGUGUUGGGUGAUACUUCAGUCUCAGCAGACAGUGUCCAGAAGGUGGUGCUGUGCUCAGGGAAGCAUUACUAUGCCCUGCUGAAACAGCGAGAGACAUCAGCAGCCAAUCAGAACACAGCACUCAUCCGUGUGGAGGAGCUGUGUCCGUUCCCACUAGAGGCCCUGCAGCAGGAGCUCAAAAGAUACCCCAAUGCGAAAGAAUUCACAUGGAGUCAGGAGGAGCCUCAAAACAUGGGUCCCUGGUCUUUUGUAGCUCCCAGGUUUGAGAAGCAGCUGGCCUGCAAGCUCCGGUUAGUAAGCCGCCCUGCUCUGCCCGCACCUGCUGUUGGUAUUGGGACCCUCCAUCACCAACAGCAAGAGGCCAUCCUCACCGCUACCUUCUCUUAAGUUUCUAUAAGACUGGGAACCAGUAUAACCAGGGGUUAAAUUGGGAUUUGUUAUGUGGGGGUUGCUCUGUGGUUUUAGGGUUGCCACAGACAAAAUCAUUCGACAAAUGGUAAAUAAAAUAUAACUAGGUGAGACAACCCUCUGCUCUGAAAACUAAAAUGUUAAUUAAAGUCAUUCUAGAUAAAAUAUACAACAUACACACAUUAUCUAAAUGAAAAUAGUGUAAAAAA